AUGGCUGACCGAGGUGGUCGUGGUGGGCGAGGUCGCGGAGGCCGCGGUGGCGGACCUCAAGAUGGUCGUGGCGGUGGCCGCGGCGGCCCUUCUGGUUUCUCUGACUCUCGAGGUGGAAGAGGACGAGGUGAUGGCUUCCAGGGCAGAGGUCGUGCUGAUGGAGGCCGUGGUGACUUCCGAGGCGGCUUCAGUGGCCCUAGAGGCGGUCGCGGAGGCUACGAUCGUGGAAGAGGAGGACCACGAGGUGGUCGUGGCGGCCGUGGCGGCUACGGUGGUCAGCCCGAAGGACCUGCUGUCUUCACCAUGGGAGGUUCUAUUCCCCAACCAGAUGGCGCUAUUGCAAAGCUCGAGGAUGAAGUGGUGAGAAGCAAUGUUGCAUCUAUCACUCAAUUGACCUCCAAUAUGGGCAACUUGUCAAUGGAAGACAAGCAGAACCUUGGAAAGUUCCCUCCACGACCUGCCUUUGGCAGCAAAGGAACUCCAGUCACACUUUGGGCGAACUACUAUGCCAUCAAAACUGAAGCUCCGAUCCUGUACAAGUACACAAUGACUGUGCAGGAGAUUGUACCAGAAGUACAAGAAGAGGCGAAGGAGCGCGCUCCCAAAACUAAGGGCAAGGGUGGCAAGUCCGGAAAGCCUCGAGAAUCUGGCCCUCGCGAGGUGAAGGGCCGUAAGCUCUACUUUGUCAUCGAAGAAGCUCUUAAGGAGCUCUCUAAAAAGAACGAGGACUUGCUCGUCGCGACCGAGUUCAAGUCACAGCUCAUAUCGCUGCGCAAGCUCAACCUUGAGCAAGACAACACCAUGCGGUUCAAUAUGCCCUCUUCAGAAGGCUCCGAGAAGACUGAUACCUUCCAUGUUGUUUUCAAUGGCCCUGUAGAGGCUCGUGUUGACGAGAUGCUCAAAUACGUCAACUCAAAGACUGGCGCCUCAGACGACGGCAGCGAUCCUUCCCAGGCCAUGACCUACCCCAAGUUCCCUGAUGUCAUUGAUGCCCUGAACGUCAUUUUCGGCUCUGGUCCCAGAUCUAAUAAGCUGGACCAGAUCAGCGCUGUGGGAAGCUCGCGCUUUUUUGCAUUUGGUAGUGAUAACCGUCGCCAUGAGGUUGUCCUGGGCAGAGACAGAGCAUUGAAAGCUGCGCGCGGUUACUUCCAAUCCGUUCGCAUGGCGACUGGCCGCCUUCUAUUGAACGUCAAUGUCACACAUGGUGUCUUCAAGAUUGACGGUCCCUGUGCCAAGUUCUUUGACGGGUUCGGGGUAAAUGCGACUCAGUCGCCUCAAAUGGCCAGAAAGUUGAAACUACUCGGCAGAUUUCUUCCCAAGACCCGUGUCUGGAUAAAGACCAAAUACGGGAGUAAGGAGGUUCGAAGAUCCAAGGCAAUCCAUGGCCUAGUGUCGAUCCGUGACAUCAAAAAACAAUGUCGCGAUAAGAACCCCCCCAAGUUCCGCCACACGACAGAUUUUGUGGUUGGACCGGGAGACGUGAGCUUCUGGCUCGAAGUUGAGGGCAACGGCCGGUACAUUACCGUCGCGGACUUUUACAAACAGAAGUACAACGUUAAUCUGCAAAACUACCCCCUUUUCAAUGUUGGCACUGCCGCAAAGCCUACAUUUGUUCCUGCUGAGUUCCUUGAGAUCCAGCCUGGACAGUCAGUAAAGGCCAAGCUCAAUGGCGCCGAGUCAACAGACAUGGUGAACUUUGCUUGCCGAACGCCAUACGCCAACGCCCUCUCUAUUACUACAGAUGCCCGGAUAACCCUAGGCCUCGAAGACAAAGACGGCAAACUGGGUCGUUUCGGUAUCCAAGUCGGUCAGCAGCUCCUCACGGUCCAAGGACGUGUUCUCGCCGUGCCUCGAGUUGCAUACCUUGACCAGCAGAGGAGAGCCAAAGCUAUCGACCCGCGCAAUGGGUCUUGGAAUCUCAGAGAUGUCAAGGUUGUCAAGCCCGGCCAACCUGUCAAGAAAUGGAGUUACGUCAACCUCCUGUCCAACGAUAGAUCUGAGCCCGUGGCAGCACAGUCAGUCAUCGCGUUCUCUCAGUUCAUGAAGAAGACAAUGAACAUCGCUGUCAAUGACCCCAUUCCACCGCCCUCCCUGGCGGUUGACAGCCAGGAGGCUGAAAAGGUUCUCGGUUGGGCUCAGAAAAAUCAGAUUGAGAUCAUGCUUGUGAUUCUUGACUCAACUGGCUCGGAAGUCUAUGGCAAGAUCAAGACUUUAGGCGACUGCACCUACGGUAUUCAUACUAUCUGUGUUCAGGGUUUCCAGCUGCGCAAAGAAAACCCGCAGUAUUUCGCAAAUGUUGCUCUCAAGUGGAACUUGAAGACUGGUGGUGUAAAUCACAAACUUCUGAACGAGGUCGGCUUGAUUAAAGAAGGCAAGACAAUGGUGGUUGGUUACGAUGUUACACAUCCCACCAACAUGUCUGCCGACAAGAGCGAUGCUGCACCCAGUUUGGUUGGCUUGGUGGCAACUAUCGACCGGGACAUGGGACAAUGGCCAGCUUAUUCCUGGGAGCAGUCAUCCAAGCAGGAGAUGCUGGAUGAGACCUUGACUGAGGCAUUCAAAUCGCGCCUUGAGCUUUGGCAAAAGCACAACCGACAGGAGUUGCCAGAGAACAUUGUCAUCUUCCGCGACGGUGUGUCCACUGGUCAAUUCGCCCAAGUUCUUCGGACUGAAUUGCCACGCAUCCGGAUUGCCUGCAAUGGCAAAUACCCCAAGAACAAGCCGCCCAAGAUCUCUAUCAUCGUUUCCGUCAAGCGACACCAGACUCGCUUUUACCCUACCUCGGAAGAAAAUGCCAUGGAAAAGAAUCAUAACAUCCAGAAUGGCACUGUCGUCGACCGAGGUAUUACGGAGGCUCGUUACUGGGACUUUUACCUCACCGCCCACGCAAGCAUCAAGGGCACUGCCCGUCCUGCGCACUACACAGUGUUACUUGAUGAGAUCUUCCAAGCCAAGUUCAAAAACGAGGCAGCCAACGAACUUGAGAAGUUUACUCACGAGCUUUGCUAUCUGUUUGGACGUGCCACCAAGGCUGUGAGCAUUUGCCCUCCCGCCUACUAUGCAGACAUUGUCUGCACUCGCGCUCGAGCUCAUCGACCUGAGUUCUUCGAGGAGACUGACGGUGAAAGUGUCAUCAGUGCUGGGGCAGCCAGGAACAGCAAGGCAGUCCACCCCAGACUGAUCAACUCCAUGUACUAUAUCUAA